GCUUUCAGAGCUGCAAAUCGGCCCCGGGAGAGGCUUUUUUUUCUUUUUUGGUGGUGGUGAAAAAGGCGGAGGGGGUCGCCCGGCUUUGCUGCGAUAGGAGCCGCCUCUUCUCCUUUCCUCUCCUCCCCCUUAACCCGCCGUCCUGUCUGGUUGUCCUUUGCUUUCGCCGCGUUUGCCCUGUACCACCAUGGCUCCUUCCUUUUUCUCCAAAAAACCCCGAUCGAGCCGGGACGAGGAGGAUUUCUCCCAAGCCAGAGGAGAUAGGAAGGCAAGGAAGCCGCUGGUGGAGAAGAAGCGGCGAGCGCGAAUCAACGAAAGCCUGCAGGAGCUGCGUCUGAUCUUGUCGGAAACCGAGUUCCAGACGAAGAUGGAGAACGCCGAGGUGCUGGAGCUGACGGUGAAGCGAGUGCAAGGAGUCUUGCAGAGCAGGUCGCUAGAUGGUGACAAAAUGCAACGAGAGGCCAGUGAACGCUUUGCAGCUGGAUAUAUUCAAUGCAUGCAUGAAGUUCAUACAUUUGUCUCCAGUUGUCCUGGGAUUGAUUCUACCAUUGCAGCAGAGCUCUUGAAUCACCUUUUGGAGUCAAUGCCGCUGAACGAAGGCAGUUUUCAAGAUCUGAUUGUGGAUGUCUUAUCAGAUCCCUCCAUCAGCCAGUGGCCAAGUGGAGAUGGGCCUUCUCAAAUGCCUGGAAGUUCACAUGGAACUUUAAGCAUGUCCAGUCUCACUUCACCUCUUCCUUCACCUUCCUCCAGUGAAGAGAUUUGCUCAGAUCUGGAAGACACAGAGGCAGAGCAAAGCCACAUCUCUUUGGAUGGACUGGACAGGUCUAGGAGUCAAAAUGUGCCUUCCUCCAGCCUUUCCAAAUCUUUGUGGAGACCAUGGUAAUAAACUUCACAAGAACCAACGCAGAUCUACCUAAUAGGGAGAAUACUUGAGCACUGUGUUCUUCUAGCCAUUGGAAUAUAGACGGUGAGGAUUUCAGAUAGUGCAUUUAUGUCAUAAAACUAUUGUAUGCAGGACUGUAUAGCUGACACUCUUUCAUUGUCAAAUCCUGACAGAUUGAAUUGCUAAGUUAACGUUUCAUCUGUGAGUAUGAGAACUGAAAUUUGUAUGUCUUUUUUUUCUUAAUUAUUACUAAGGUGUGUGGGUUAAAAGAUAUGGAAGUGUAUGCAAAAGAGCUCUUUUGUUGAUGCACAGCACUGUUUUUGCAACUUACUUUUUUCUUGUGGGGGAUGGAAAUGCCUCCAAUACCAUGUAGUUUGGGCUAAGAAAAAGCCUUUGUGGAUUUUGAGAACUUGUUGGUUUAAUCCAAUUAAAGGUAUGGAAUAAAGCAUUAAUGCAGAAUUUCAUAUAUUUUAAUGAUAGAUUUUAAAAAAAUAAAUAAAUAAAGCCAAGAAAAAUCCCUGAAAGGGAUUGGUGCAGCUAGUUUCUUGCUAAGUUUAGUAUUCUAGGAUUUCUCCUUCAGUGAAGGAAGAGGAAACUGGAAACCAGGAUUGAAUUAGGUAAACUUUUAAAACAUUGGUGCCUUCUAGAAAUGUGUUUUGUGCAUAUCUAGCACAAAAUGAAUAUGAAUUUUACUGUAAUAUGUAUAUUUGCUUGUCAAUUUUUUAUUUUAAUCUUCUUUAAAAUAAAAGUUCAGUGAUUGUAUUUUAAGGCACAAGAUUUCUGCUGUGGAUAUUCAAUUCCAUGUUAGUGAUUAACAAAUAUGUAUCCUUGAGUGCAAACAUUGGUAAUUAAGCACUUAAUUCUUGUACUGAACUUGUCUGUUCAAGUCCAGAGAAGUUGGAAUGUUUCAUUUGUUCUUGGACUGAUCUUGAUUUCAGCACACUAAAUUCCUCAGAUUUGUUCUAUAUCUUCCAGGUUCAUUUUUUGAAAAUAUAUCUGCAGAUUUUCAAGCUAUCCAAACAUGCUCAUUUAGAAGCAAGGAUAACUGUUGAGUAGUGCUUAACCUAAGUAAAUUUGCAUAGAAACCAAUUUAAAAUUAACAAGUCUUGACAGUUUGGACAAAUGAAACCUGGUUGAAUGGAAAUCAGUUAAUGACACACAAUUGUUCAGAAAGCUUAUAACCACAAUUUAAAACAAAAAUCUUCCACUGUGCCCUUCCUCAUGAAACUUAUCUUUGAAGAAAAGAAGUUAGUACUCUUACUGUUAUUUUUCCAGGAAGCCUUCAUAUCAUAGAUAUCUAUGGCAGUCUUCUCAACCUGAUAUUCCUGCUUCCUUUAUCCUCGGCCAGUAUAUCCAGCAAAGACGGUUGAGAUCCAGUGUUUUGGGGGCACCAGAUUGCAGAAGUUGUUAACCUAUGAAAGUGCUCCAAUUUAGGAAGAAGGGGGGAUAAACUUGUAAGAUGUGGACUGUCUGUGUAGUAGUUCUUUUUGUUAACUAUGUGGAACAAUAAAAAGCAGAAACAA